AUAACAUCAUUUAUCUUCUGUGUAAACGGAAGUAAAUUACGAAUAACAAUUUACACGUUAGCGUGUUUAUUGUUGCUAUUUAGACGUUUAUUAASACCAUGGCACUUAAAAUGAUUCAUUUAACAGCACAGAAGCACAUACUUACCCUAUGUAGUCUUUAAUACACGUUGGAGACAGGACUUGGUGAUAUCUAGUUAAUGCUAGCUGCUAACAAUGGCUGACGGAAUGGUUUUCCACACUCAAAUAGCCUCCAUCAUGGAGGUGCUAGCGAAUGCAGCCGUGGRAGAGAUCUGUAAACUCGUAGACGACGACUAUGCACUGUUUCGUUUGGAAAUAACUCAGCACCAGAAAGAAAACAGGGCAUUGCGGAGGAAACUACAGAUAUUUGAACUGAAGAUGGCACGGGAGCGCGUCCUAACCAGUCGUCCCAAAAGUGUCAAGAUUCUCGACCGGUACAGAGCAAUGGCUAGAGGUGAAGGACAUUUCACUGGAGGCCACAGGAGCUUUGUGAAGCCAGGGGGACACAAUACAUGGGGAGAUGACCAACCAAUCACUGUUGAUGAAGGGAGUGGAUCCUCAACCCAGCAUGUUAUCUUGAUAGAGUCUGCAGAUGCAGAGGCUGCAGGUCCUGGGGUCAAGCAGGAGAGGUCUGAAGGAGAGGAGGACCCACGUCACAGCAGAGUCAUCCAGACUGGAACGGCUGAAGUGCACCCUGUAGCCASGGAGGACCCCGCCACAGUGCAGCCCAGGACCCAACGCAGCGUCACGGAGGUCAGAGACAGACACAAGUCAGAGACAGACACAGAGACUUUAACUGUAACYCAAAGGCUUUUACACACAGGAUCUGACCACAGAUCAGACCCAGAGCGACUGGGGCUGGGGCCACUGGGCUGUCCUCCUGCUCCCGGUUCAGAGUAUUUACUUUACGGUAACCCAAGCAUGAGGGCUGUUAAUUCCCAUCCAGACUCAGGUGACGCGUCAGAGACUGGCAAUGAUCCGUCUUGUUCUUACGCUACGGAGAUGGACCCUGGCAACAUGCGAUUGGGUUUAGAGACACACACUGAUCUGUCUACAGGGGAUUGGAACCGGUACAGUAGUAGUGUAUACUCUGAAGGGUGCCUAGAUGAGAAAGGGGAGGGUCUGGUUGUAGAGGAAGUGACUGUGAAAGUGGAGGGCGACGUUCUUCCCACAUGSAAUGCAGAUAGUCACCUAGGAGACGGACACUCACAGGGCAGAGAUUUCUUAGAUUACAGGGGAAGCUUAGAGACCAAUCAAAAUGUUGCGACCCACUCCCCUUUACAGGCACUAAGGGAUCACGAACCAGUSUCCACGUCGAUGGGGCAUUCUAAUUCACACGGCCGCGUCCUUUUCGAUCAGGUAUUGAAAUCAAACGACAGGGCUAGAGCCCAGGUUCAGGAAGGGGGAGAAACAUUAAGCGGUAGUAAAGAGAAACGGUUCCUCUGCAGAUUCUGUAACAAAGGCUUCAGCUGUCCCCAGAAGGUGGAGAUCCACCAGAGGGUCCACACAGGGGUGAAACCCUUCAGUUGCACCCAAUGUCCCAUGCGCUUCGCCCAGGCUGGCAACCUGAAGAGGCACCAGAGGGUCCACACAGGAGUGAAACCCUUCAGCUGUACCCAGUGUCCCAUGUGCUUCGCCCAGGCUGGUGACCUGAAGAGGCACCAGAGGGUCCACACAGGGGAAAAACCCUACAGCUGUACCCAGUGUCCCAUGCGCUUCGCCCAGGCUGGUCACCUGAAGAUGCACCUGAAGGUCCACACGGGAGAAAAGCCAUUUGCCUGUACACARUGCGGGAAGAGGUUUUCAGAGAGGAGCUACCUCAGGAUACACCAGCAGAAAAAACAUUCCACUCUAUAAAAUAUAAAGUUACCAUUCCAAUCGAUAGCUUCUGAUGUUUAGAUCCUACCCUUCAUUAAAGACAAAGAUUAAUUGUCAUUGUUGUCAACUGAAAAGACCCACAGAUGCAUUUGGAAUAAUGAGAGUAACAAAUUUCAGUGUUUAAACCUGAGUAGAAUAUUGCAUCCAGACAUUGUGUGAUACAUUGUAUAAUACUGUAUGAAAUACUGUAUAACCCUAAAAAAAAGUAUGUUACAUAGUGUUUGUACUGUGUAGGAUAUGAUGUUCACAAAUGCCUGUUUCAUUACUUCCAUUCAACUACUAUUUUUURCCCCAAGACACUUUUAAUGAGAAAACGAAUGCAGUUUAUUAAGUUCAUGCAGAGGUUUAGUUGAGACGUGUAUGUGUGGUUUUCAUAUGGUGUAUUUAACGACUUCCUCCCGUGAUUGAUCUUUUUCUGUUGUAAYGUGAUAUCCCAAGUAUAAAUACAAUAGAAAAUGUUGAGCAAAAGUUUUUUGGAACACAACUGCAAACUUCAAGGAGUAGGGCAUUCAAUGAGUUGGUUUGAUAGGAAGUUGUGAUGCUAUCGGCCUAGUGAAUAAAAGAGGAAAGGCCCACCCACUUGUGCUAUGUCCUGGACCACCUAUUGAGAUGUGCCUUUUUAGUAAAUCUGCUGUUAAAUGAGGUGAAAAGGAGACUGGAUUGCCACCUUAACACUUGUUCAUGUUUAAUAAACACAAAAGUAGACUUUUCA